AUGUUUAGUGGUAAAGACGGACUAUUCGCUUUGGACAAGGGGACAACCACAGCCUCUUUCAUCACAAAGGAUGGAAUUGUGGUGGCUGUAGACUCUAGAGCCACAUCAGGGUCGUACAUUGCAUCGCAGACUGUGAAUAAAGUCAUCCAGGUUAACAAAUAUUUGCUUGGCACAAUGGCAGGUGGUGCUGCUGAUUGCUUCUACUGGGAGAGAGCGAUGGGUGACUAUGCGAUGAAGCAUGAGCUGAAGUAUGGGGAAAGAAUACCUGUGGCAGGGGCUGCAAAGUACCUUUCUGCUACACUGAAUGCGUAUAAAGGAAGAGGUCUGUCAAUAGGAAGCAUGGUCUGCGGGUGGGGGUCAACUGGGCCUGCCAUCUACUAUGUGGAUGACUCUGGAAACUGCAUAAACGGCAAGCUAUUCUCAGUGGGAUCUGGGUCUUUGUUUGCAUAUGGUAUUUUGAACCCUGGGUACAGCUAUGAAAUGGAGAAGGAGGAUGCAAUUGAGCUUGCAAGGCGAGCAAUCUUCCAUGCUGGGCACAGUGAUGCAUACUCCGGGGGAACAGUGAACAUCUACUUCAUUGAUGAGAACGGAUGGACUAAAAUAGACUCACAGGAUGUAUCUUGCUUAUAUGAUAAGUAUAUGUAA